AUGAAAGGAACGAACGGCUUUGGGAGAGUAAGAAAAAGGAUAAAGGGAUUACUGAUAGGUUAUGAUAAGGUAACAAAUUCAUACUUAUGUCGGAGAGAAGAUAUAAUCGGUUCAAGUGAUUUUACUUCAUGGGACAGCAAAAUUCGAAGUAGAUACACAAAAUCAAUAAUUUUGCAAAAGGAGAGUUGUUCCUUACUUAAAAGUGUAAUCAAUGCAAUGUACAAGAAUGAGGAGUUGAAUAAAAAAUUUCUGAGUCUCGUGAAAUAUUCCCUGUAUUUGAACCCUCACAAUGUUGGAAGUUUGUUUAAUUUAGUUCAUUUUUAUUUUAACAAAAAUUGGGAGAAAAUGAGAUAUGUGGAGAAUCUGGGACACUUGUCAUGGGAGGCCAAAAGGAACUGUCUUUUCUAUAGCCACUUACUACACUUAAUUUUGAUGAAAAUUUUGCGAAAAUUAUUUUUUAAAGAUCAAAAAGUUGUAAGUCAUCAGAAAAAAAAAGAAAUACCAUGCCAAAACGUAAAUAUAAAAGGAUUUCUUUUUUAUGCAUAUAAAAAAGAAUUUAUUGAUAACUUCCAAAGGAGAUUAAUAAAAUAUGCAGUGAAGAGAUGGGAUACUAUACCGUUCUUAUGUGACAAAACUUUGUUCAUAAUUUUUUUAGAAAAUAUUCACGUUCUGUAUUCAACGAAUUAUAAAAUGGGAUUUAUACAAAACGUUUUUUAUUACGCCAAUCUUAUGUUAAAACUGUUGCAGCUCAGGAGGAUAAGAAGUUAUUUGAAGGAAAAUUAUUUUUUUUUUUCAGCCACCUUGUUCUUGACCAGGGCUGCUUGUUUCCGCCUGACCUGUUCAGGCAAAAAGGGGAACUCCCCUUUGAGCCAUAAGGGAAACAUGAUCAGUCCGAUAGGGUUAAACGGGUUAAGCGGGUUAAGCGGGUUAAGUGGGUUAAGCGGCUCUAUGGUGCAACCGACAGACAACGACAACACCGCUCAAGAUAUAAUGACUAAUAAAAUUAUAAAUGAGGUGGAAGUAACUCAUGAUAUGGGUUUAGAAGUAGAGGGGAGUGAGGAGAAGGAUGGUCAGGAAAAAAAGCAUUUUAUGCGAAAACAAUAUGAACAUAUUUAUGGAAAGAAAAAGAUUAAUAAAAGUUGUUGUAAGCAUAAAAUUGAUUUUAGUACGCUGAAGAAUUUUGAAAAAAGAUAUUUAUCUUUUAUAUUAAGCGAAGAGGAAACAAUUUCCAGGGUAAAACAUGUGGAAGAAAAUGAUUAUAUGAACAAGAAAAAUAUUGACGAACCAUUUAACGAUAUUUUAAAAAAAUUGAAUGUGUGUAUAAAAUAUUGCUUACAAAAUCGGAUAUACCAUUUUUUGCAACAGUUUUUAGUGUGGAGAGCUAGGAUAUUUUAUCACUUGGAAUUAUUUCAUGAGUGUUUAUCAGAUGCGAGUAAAGUUGGUUUGAUGAAUUUAUAUGCAAGCGCAAGUUUCGGGGUAGACAACGAUGUUGCAGAAAAUGAUGUAGCAGAAAAAGAUGUUGCAGAAAAAGAUAAUUACUCUUGUUUAAAUUUGAGACUGGCAUGUUUACGGCACCUUAACAUGCUUCACCUGUCUGAUUUAUAUUUAGUUAUGCUUUUAAAAAAUAAUGAAAAUAAUAGCGAUGCUUGCAAACACAAAACCACCUGCACAAAUGCAGAAGAAGGGGACGAGGUGACAAAUCAUGUUUUUAAUAAAAGAAACCAUCUCUAUUCAUGGUGUCGAUCAUUGGAGGACAAAUCCGUUAUGAGUUUCAUCCAUGGAAACCGGAAAAAAAUUCCAUUUAUGAUUUGA